AUGACCACCUUUCCAACCUCCCCCUUCCACCUCCGCCCCGCCAAACCCACUCCCACCGACCACGCCUUCAUCCUGUCCGCCUUCGACUCCUCCCUCCCCUUCCUGGCCUCCAUCGGCAGUCUCGACCAAUGGGGCAAGACCCCCUUCUCCCAGCGAGGGGACUUCGCCGAAGCAACCCUAAAAGAACUAAAUUACUCCGAAGAGUUCCGCCUCACAGGGACUAGCGGCCUGGAUAGUAAUCUUCGUAUGUUCAUCGCGGAGCGAGAAUUACACCAGCAGCACGAUGAUGGACAGCUUCAAGCUGAGUUCAUUCGAGUGACACCCGAUGGACGACGCUUCUUACCCGUUGGAGUUGCGUAUGUGCGCGAAAACUGGGUGCCGAAUUAUGUGAAGACGCAGACCCAUCUUCCGAUGCCAGAUGUGAACCAUGGUGGUGGAGGGUUUCUUUACCUUGAGGUUAUGGUGACGGAUAAUCGGGAAGAUCGGAGGGAGCUGUCUCGCGGGGCCGGAGCGGCGCUUAUCAGGGGGAUCCGGGAGUAUGGAGAGGCCAGAGGGAUGAGGGCGUUGUGGGUGGAUGGAUGGGCGGGGAAUGAGAGGAGAUUGAUCAGGUUCGUUUAUCUAUAUUUUCUAUAUCAUUCUUUUCAUCAUUUUGUGUGCAGUUUAUGA